AUGGGACUUGAGCGACUGCGGCCUGUCACUGGAGAUGGACUUUUCACGGCAUUUCACGGUAACGAGGCAUGGGGUGUGGCUCAUCGUUUGCUUCUUCCCCUCUUUGGGACGUUCAGGAUCCGCGACAUGUUCGAUGACAUGAGAGAUGUUGCAGAUCAACUGUGUCUGAAAUGGGCCCGUUGUCCAGAAGGGGCACAAUUGGACCUGGGAUCUGAUUUCACCCGGCUGACCCUGGAAACUGUAGCUCUGACGUGUCUGGACUUUCGAUUCAACAGCUUCUACUGCAAUGACAGUCUUCACCCAUUUGUUCAGAAUGUGGAUGCUGUGUUGGCAGAGGCAGCUAAGCGAUCAACGCUGCCGGACUUUGCUCGAUUCUUCCGGUUUCGUGCCGACCAGAAAUUCAAAGAAUCAACUCAAUACCUGUUUGGAGUCUGUCAGGAUAUGAUCGAUGAACGCAGGCGGCGAGGUGAAGCCGCUUCUCGAAAAGACGUGCUGUCAGCGCUCGUUUUUGGGCGUGACCCCAAAACGGGUAGCCAGCUUAGUGAUGAGCACAUUAUUCAUAAUAUGCUUACCUUCUUGUCAGCGGGCCACGAGACAACCUCAGCCAUGCUGACGACGAUAUGCUAUUAUCUCUGCCAUUGCCCAGACAAGCUGUCCAAGGCGCAGCAGGAGGUCGAUGAUGUGGUGGGCUCUGAUGCCUUGAAUGUGGACCACAUUCAGAGAUUACCGUAUUUGGAAGCCGUAAUGCGCGAGUCGCUCCGCCUCGUGCCCACGGCACCGACUUUCUUUGUGACGCCGUACGAUGAUGGAGUCCUGGGAGGCAAAUAUCGGUAUCGCAAGGGUGACGUACUGGCUCCGGCCCUGGAGGUUAUCCAGAGAGACACAAGUCAUUACGGCCCUGACUCCCAUGAGUUCAAGCCUGAGCGUAUGGUUCGGGACGAAUUCGCCAAAUUGAGUGAAUACGCUUUUAAGCCUUUUGGUAACGGGCUUCGUGGGUGUAUUGGGCGCACAUUUGUGUGGCAAGAGUCUCUGAUUAUUUUGGCCAAGCUGUUGCAGAAUUUUGAUUUGAAAAAGGAUGAUCCCUCCUAUGAACUUAAGCUACGAUCGGACCUAUCUGUGAAGCCAGACGGGUUCUACAUGCAGGUCAAGCUUCGUCACGGGCUUAAGGCGACUGAUAUGAGUGCCUCGGCUGAGACACAUCGAGGAACCCAUGGAUCGAAUCGAGAGAGACAAGUGCGACAACUCAAAUCUCAGCCGACAUUACACAGAGCUCCCAAGGGACAGCCUAUCAUGAUCCUUCAUGGUUCGAAUGCAGGUACCAGCGAAGCUUUAGCAUCCGUGCUGGCAUCUAAAUGCAUCGCCAAAGGCUUCGCGCCCCAUGUGGUGGACACCUUGGACUCUGGGGUUGGACGGUUAUCUGGAGAGACUCCCAUCAUCAUGAUCGCUGCGUCUUACAACGGGUCGCCGGCCUCAAAUUCCAUCGAGAUGGUAGCUUGGCUGAAGAAAUUAGCAGCGCAAUCUGGACCUCUGGCAGACCUGAGAUAUGCAGUCUUUGGUUGCGGUCACUCAGACUGGAAAGAUACCUAUCAGAGAGUCCCUUUGCUUCUACAUCAGCUGAUGGCCAACUCCGGAGCCAAGCCUUUGGUGUCCAUAGGAACUUCAGAUGCGGCAGCGGGUGGCGUGUUCUCGCAUUUUGCGGACUGGUGCCAGGCAAGCUUAUUUCCCGCUCCCUAUCAUGAGUACAAAAUGCAAGCUAUUGAGGAUAAGGGGGGGAUCAUGCCAUGUGGUGGACUUUCCAUUUCCAUGAAUCACCCUACCCGUGUUCAAAUCACCACUGAAAUGGCGAUUCCGAUCAAGCAUCACUUGGAGUUUCGCUUCCCGGCAGAUUCAGGCGUGGACUACGAGCCUGGGGAUCACCUACUGGUACUUCCUCAAAAUGAUCCGAAAUUUGUGAAUACGAUUCUGGAUCGCCUGGGGAUGGCCUGGGAUACUCAGAUAACUAUAGGCUCGGGACGUGCUCUUGGUGUCCAGGAUGGCACAAGGCUCAGCGUCACGGAACUUCUCGGGGCCUAUGUGGAACUUCCGACUACAUUGACGGCGAAACAUAUACGGAUACUCGCAGCCGCAUCAGGUGGACAGAUUUUGAAGUCUCAGCUCGAAGAAUUGACGGCGGCUGGCGCACCUUGCCUCAGCAUCCUAGGUCUACUGGAGCUCUUUCCGGCUUAUUCCCUCACCCUACCCACCAUCCUACAGGUUGCAGCUCCCAUGAGGCCUCGUACAUACUCCAUCUCGUCCGCACCUGCCACCAAACCCGGCCAUGGGACACUGACAGUCUCAACAGUGCCGGGUGGUAUCGCGUCGAAUUAUCUCGCCAAGGUUCAAAACGGACACAUUAUCUACGCUAAAAUCAACAGUAAUCCCGCCUUCCGAGCGAAACAGACCGGGAAUGGGAGCACUCCCCCGCUUGUUAUGAUCGCAGUGGGCUCGGGAAUAGCUCCCUUCCGUGCAGUCAUCCAAGAUUUAGCUCUACGAAAUGACGAUGGGCACAAGGGUAGAAUGGGAAAAUCGGCUAGGCAUCAAUUCCAAGCCUACCUCUUCUACGGCUGCAGAGGUCGCAGCAUAGACGAGUUAUACGCUGAGGAAUUGGAUGCGGCUGAGACAGCAGGUGUGGUCAGUGUGCGGCGAUCUUACAGUCGUGAAUGUCAGGGAAAGUCGCCAAAGUAUGUGAUGGAUGCAGUGAUGGCUGAGAAAGAUCUAAUUUUGGACCUGUGGAAGACCCGAGGGGCUAUCAUACGUGUUUGUGCUGGGAAGAAGGUAGCAGAUGAGGUGUGGGAGCUCCUCGGGCCUCUGUUCCAGAAUGCAGGGCAAGCGGCUGGAAUUCAAGAACAGGAAGACUCGUUAAAUGGAAUUUCAGACCUUCAGCGGUGGAGGCAGACGCUGGCACCGAGUAGUGGGUCGCAAUGGGAGGGGAGGUAUGUAGAGGAGGUGUUUUCAUGA